UAUAUCAUAAAGUUGUGUGAGUAGAAAAAUUAACGGAAUCGAUUCGAUCGAUAGCGAUCGUAUUUUCGACAAUUUUUUCGGCUAUUUUUCAAAUAAUAACAAUAAUAAUAACAAUCAAUCAAUAAAUCAAUAGAUAAAUAAAUAAUAUCAUAUUGAGAGAUAGUGGUGGAAAUAUACAUUAGAAAAAAAGAUCCUAUAGCGAGGAUAUCGAGCAUAGAAGAGAACACUGCCACUGUGAUCUCUACACUCGACCGAGAGAAGAACGAAAUGGCAGGAGUGCGAGCAGCGUGCCGUAGUGUGCUAUAUAAAUAAUACUUCGCGCAAAGACAAAUCAGUCGACUUGCGGCCGCCGUACCUGUCACGGUAUAAAAUGCAACGCCAAUAACGUAGACAUCGAAAAAUUAAUUUACCAAACAACAUAUAUAUAUAUAUAUUUAUACAUAUAUUUCGUUCGAUCAAAUUCAAAACCUUUCAAUCCCUUUUUCUUUUUUCCUUAUUUUCGUUUUCUUUUUCUUUUUCUUUUUUCUCCUUUCACCCUCUUUUCUCUUCUUCCUCUUCCUUCUUCGUUGUUUCUUUUUCUCUUUUUUGUCUUAUUUAUUUUUUAAAAUUUGAUAUCCUGAGAAUUGAAAUCCCUUUUUCGAUCGAUCGAUCGAUCUAUCGAUCCAAUCUAUCAUCAGUCGCAGAAUCAAAGGAAGUUAAAAGAAGAGAUAAAAGGAAACUUGUGAAACCCGUGAACGAUCCGUGAUCCACUAGAGCAAGGAUGUCGCACGACAACUUAGGAUUUACAGCGAGUACGGAUGCUUUGGAGCCGAAAGGAUGGCACUCGAAUCCCGUACCGAUGCAACAUAAACCCGCCCAAAAAAAUAACCGAUCUAGUAUUUAUACGUUGGAACUAGAAGAGAAGAAGAAAGGUAUUCAAGAAUACGACGAUGAUUAUGAACCAUACGACCAUAGAACGGUGGCACAUCCGACCACAAGUGUGGAGACUUUAUUCCAUCUACUGAAAGGUAGCUUAGGUACUGGUAUUCUUGCAAUGCCAAUGGCCUUUCACAAUUCGGGAUAUGUGUUAGGCAUGAUCGCUACAAUAAUCAUAGGUUUACUUUGCACGUAUUGCAUGCGAAUACUCGUUACUUCGAUGUAUGUUCUCUGUAAAAGAAAAAAAGUAGCAUCCAUGACUUAUCCUGCGACCAUAGAAGCUGCUCUCGAGGAAGGUCCAGCAUGUUUGAGGCGGUUUUCGAAAUUAUCGAUACACGUAACAAACACUUUCCUUCUGAUUUAUCAACUGGGCAGUUGUUGCGUCUACGUCGUGUUCAUUGCAAAUAAUUUAAGAAGGGCAUUCGACAGUUUUCUUCCCGAUCACAUAAGGAUUCAUAUGACCGACAAAAUAUACAUGCUACUUAUACUGUUGCCAUUGAUAUUUAUUAACUGGAUUAAAAAUCUAAAAUUUUUGGUGCCUUGUUCAAAAGUUGCCACUACAGCGACGUUCGUCAGUUUUGGUAUUAUAUUGUAUUAUAUAUUCAAGGAUCCUUUAUCCUUUGACGAUCGUGAACCAGUUGGAAAGAUUGAAAAUUUUCCACUUUACUUUGGCACUGUACUCUUUGCUCUCGAAGCUAUAGGUGUGAUCAUGCCAUUGGAGAACGAGAUGAAGACGCCUAGACAUUUCACAGCUCCAUGUGGUAUUUUAAACAUUGGUAUGGGCAUCAUCGUCAUUUUAUACGCCGGAAUGGGAUUUUGUGGAUAUAUACGUUACGGUAGUGACAUCAAAGGCAGCAUCACGUUAAAUCUUUCAUCUACGGAGGCAUUAGCGAAAUGUGUACAAAUUCUUCUCGCAUUGGCCAUUUACUUCACACAACCGAUUCAAUGUUACGUCGCGAUCGACAUAGUAUGGAACGAAUAUCUUAGUCCACGUCUUGAAAAAAAUUCAUACAGAAAGUUAUGGGAAUAUUUCGUCAGAACUGGCCUUGUACUCAUCACAGCUCUAUUGGCCAUCGCAGUCCCAAGUUUGGAAUAUUUCAUAUCACUAUUCGGUGCCCUAUGUCUCUCAGCUCUUGGUUUAGGAUUUCCAGCGAUCAUUCAACUCUGCACAUGUUGGAAGGAAGCCGAUCGAUCGACCAAGGCGUUCAUGCUGAUGAAGAAUUUAAUCAUUGUUGUAAUCGGAGUUAUCGGUUUGGUAGUUGGAACUUAUACGAGUUUACGAGAGAUCUUCGAGAAGGUCAUAUUAAAGAGCACAAAUUGAUCGAUCGAUGAUUAGGGGAAAAAUACUGAUGAAUGAAACUUGACUAGUGAGAGUAUACCGGAAUGCUCUCAGUCACGAGAUAGUAACCGGGAAUAAAAUUGUGAUAUAUAUAAUAUAUGUAUGUAUUUGUACAACCAAGAGGGUGGAAUAUGUAUAAUAAUAUUUUUUUCGUCGUGCAGGGAUAACUUAAUUAACAACCACGUCGUAUAAAAUCGAUGAAAUCGAUCAUCGACCUGGACGACAACGAGAUAUUCGAUAUCCUCGAGAAUCUUGGUGCGAGAUAACGAUCUUAUUAUCUUAUUUUUAAAAUAAUAAUAACGCUAAUAAUGAUAGUAGUGCGCCGAUAAAAUUGUGUCGUCGACUACCGAAUAGUUUUUUUUUUCUUUUUUAAAUCGGUGAAAGUAAAAAGAUUAUACAACAUAAAAAGAAAGAAAAGAAGAAGAAAAUAAACACGAAGGAACGAAGUUUCCGAAAUGCGUGCUAUUAUGUACAUAUGUCGUCGUGACCAAUCGUAAAAAAUCGUACACUAUGAAGUCGUCGACGAAUUAUAUAUAUAUAUAAUAUAUGUGACAAACAAAUGAGAAUAAUACACACAGAGUCGAUUGUUUUGAUAAAA